UUAGUCUCCCGACUGCCGACGUGGACGGCGGAGUGGGUCCAGUGCCACCAACUGGUGUCGCUGGAUGAAACAGUACAGCUGGCGGAAGACCAUCUAGCAGACCAUCUACGUGCCCCGCUCUCUCUCUCUCUCUCUCUCUGUCUCUGUCUCUGUUGUCCCCCUUCCUUCCACCCUGUCCCAUUUCCCCGGAGAUGGGGGAACAAUCCAAUUGAUUAGAGUUGGCAUGGACCUCGUUGGGCCAUUAGAACGGUCAGCACGCAGGCACCGCUUUGUGCUAGUUCUGGUGGACUACGCAAUGUGAUACCUGGAAGCAGUGCUGUUGCGUAACAUCUCAGCAUGUAGUGUUGCGGAGGCACUCUUCAAAAUAAUCUCCCUAGUAGGGAUUCUGAAAGAAAUCCUCACUUAUCAGGGCACUACUUUCAUGUCACGUACACUACGCGAGCUGUACGAAUUAUUGAGUAUUAAAUUGAUUCGGACAAGCGUGUACCAUCCACAAACGGAUGGCUUGGUCAAAUGAUUUAAUAAGAACUUAAGAAAUAUGAUUCGUAAAUUAGUGCACGAAGAUGCUCAGAAUUGGGAUAAGUGGCUUGAACCCCUGAUAUUUGCAGUAUGAGAGGUCCCGCAAGCCUCCACAGGGUUUUCCCCGUUUGAAUUGUUAUAUGGGCAUAAGCCCUGUGGCGUGUUAGAUGUCAUGAAGGAAAAUUGGGAGAAGGGACCUUCACAGAGCAAAAAUGAAAUUCAGUACAUUCUUGACCUGAGAACAAAACUCCACACACACUGGGGUGUCUAUCACAGGAGAAUUUGCUACAGGCACAAGAACGUCAGUCCACGCUGUAUAACAGGGGAGCUCGUCUACGGGAAUUUGUUCCGGGAGAUAAAAUAUUUGUAUUACUGCCCACAUUGAGCUCGAAAUUACUCGAAGUGGCAAGGGCCCUUUGAGGUCACACGGCGAGUUGGGGAAGUCGACUAUGAGGUAGUGCGUACGGAUAGGGGUGGAGCUUGUCAGAUUUACCACCUCAAACUACUAAAACCAUGGAGAGAGGUGGUCCCCGUAUCCAUGGCGACAGUAGAUCCGGAGAGGGAGGAGUUUGGACUGGAGGUGAAUCUAAAAGCCAAUCAGUUCAUCCCAGUCCCUUGUGGAGACCACCUCUCACCAUCACAAUGUACGUAGGUUGCCAGAUUGCAAAAUAAUUUCUCUGAUAUGUUCUCGCCUCUCCGCGGCCACACUAAUCUCAAAGAACACCCCAUCGAGACAACCCCAGGGGUAGUGGUACGUAAUCGGCCCUACCGAUUUAACCAAACACAAGAAACAGGUAGUACAGGAAGAAUUAAAGGCUAUGCUGGAUAUGGGGUUAAUAGAAGAAUCCCACAGUGAUUGGGCCUGCCUGGUGGUUCUGGUGCCUAAGAGCGAUGGCUCGGUCCGGUUCUGUCUGGAUUAUAGGAAAGUCAAUCCAAUGCCUUUUAUUCGACACUGGAUUUAACAAAGGGUUAUUGGCAGAUCUUCUUAACACCGAUGUCCCUUGAGAAAAAGGCCUUCUCCACACCGUUUGGGUUACACCAAUUUGUGACCCUUCCAUUCGGUUUGUUUAGGGCCCCGGCUACAUUUAAGUAUCUUAUGGAUAGAGUCCCAGACCGUACGCUUUGUAUGCCGCUGCUUAUUUGGAUGAUAUCAUUAUUUACAGUAAUGAUUUGCAGCGGCACAUGCAGCAUCUGGGGGCCGUUCUGAGGUCGCUGCAACGAGCGGGGCUCACAGCAAACCCAAAGAAGUGCGCAAUUGGGUGGGUGGAGGUACGGUGUCUGGGGUUCCACUUGGGGCAUGGGCAGGUGCGGCCCCAAAUUGAUAAAACCACAGCAAUUGCGACCUGCCCGAGACCCAAGACCAAAAAGGAGGUGAGACGGUUCCUGGGGCUGGCUGGCUAUUAUCAAAGGUUUGUGCCUAAUUAUUCGGACGUCACCAGCUCCAAACCCAGUCCAGUGGACGGAGCCAUGCCAACAGGCUUUCACGCAGGUAAAAGCUGCACUUUGUGGCUGGCCGCUUCUGCACUCCCCUGAUUUCUGUCUCACCUUUGUUUUGCAGAUGGAUGCAUCGGACGGGGCUGGGUGCUGUACUGUCCCAGGUAGUGCAGGGGGAGGAUCGCCCGGUGCUGUACAUUAGUUGGAAGCUCUCUAUGAGAGAGACGAAGUACAGCACCAUAGAGAAGGAAUGCUUGGCUAUCAAGUGGGUAGUCCUUACUCUCUGCUACUAUUUGUUGGGACGAGCAUUCACCCUCUGCUCGGACCAUGCCCCGCUCCAAUGGCUCCACCGCUUGAAGGAUGCCAACGCCCGAAUCACCCGUUUUGAUCUGGCACUCCAGCCAUUUAAGUUGGAGGUGGUCCACUGACCGGGGGCGCAGAUGGCUGUCGAGGACUUCCUCUCCAGAAAAGGGGGUGGGGGGGGAGUGGGCAGACCGGACAUUUCCCCCGGCCUGAGUCAGGCAGUGGGGCUAUGUGGAUGCGAAGGCAUGGUCGAACGCCCGUCUGGGGAGAGAGGAAGCGUGUCUGGAGGUAGAGGCAGAGGUCGGGCUCCGGUUAACAGCAGGUUUACAGCACAGGGGAUGGGGACCUUUAACCCUGCAGACUACACCACAGACAGUGGGACAUCAAACUCACACACUGACGUCUGGGAGACAGGGGCCAGUGACACUACAGAUGGGACAGUGGCAUGGCAGAACACUCUGGACGAGUGGGCAGCUGAAGACUGGAGUGAAGAUGUGAGUCUCUCUGAGACCAAAGUGUUCACUUCCUCUUGUGUACCUCCAAGUGAGAACCACAUCACACCCGGCCAAAGUCUGGAUCUGUCAUCUCUGCUGCAGAAGCCUGUGGAUCGAGAGGAUGUUGGGGGUCUGAAGGCUGUGGGCUCCUCUCAGGGGCUCGGCCACAGUCUGGUCUUCACCAACUCCCACCACCAGCCUGCUCGAAAUGGAGCCACAUCUGCUGGCUCCAACAGCUAUACACAUGCCACCCUGUCCUCUGUUCUGGGUUCUGGUUUUGGAGAGCUGGGUGGUCCAAAGCUGGGACAGACGGCUGGGCAGCAAAUACUGGAACAGCUGAAGGGGCCUGGUCUUGGGCAGCUUACUUCCCAGCCCCCCAGCACAGGGACCAACUGCACCCCUGUAGUGGGGCUGGUCGGGACAGGGAUGUCUGUCCCCUCCUCCUCCUGGGACCUCAAACCUCCUGGAAAUCAGGGCUCUGUUUCUCUGUCCUCCCAGUUCAGUCGGGAAUUUCAAAUGCAGCCUGAGCCAUCUUUGGUGCUAAGCCAACUCACCCAGCGACAGCAGGGCUCCCUGACCCAAACGGGACCUCUGGCCAGGCAGCCCAGCCCUCCCCCACUGAGCACCCCUUCACCCACUCUGGGCACACUGGAAGCCUUUCCGAAAGCACCGGAACCUCCUCAGCAUCGUGAUGGGCCCUCAAUGUCCCCCUCACAGGCAGCCGAGUCUCAGGGCAGCAGCACACAGCAGCGACAGAUAAAGACUCAAAAACGACGGAUACCUCCCACUUCCAAGAUCCCGUCCUCUGCGGUAGAGAUGCCCGGCUCGGCAGAUGUGUCUGGUUUAAAUGUGCAGUUUGGUGCUCUGGACUUCGGUUCGGAAUCUGCCCUUCCGGACUUCGGUCAGUCAGAGAAUUGCAAUAGUGAACCCAUGAGGGAGGCCACAGUGGUUCCUCAAUCACAGAGCAGCCUUUAUUCUAAACCUGUCAGUGAAUCUCUGGCCAGUCCGGUCCCAUUGCUGCUGCCUCUGGCCUCCUCUGACCCAAUCUACCCCUCUCCCUCGGUGCCUCUCCCUAGCCUUGCCCCCUCCCACACCACCCCCAGCGCGGUCUCUUCCUCCUCAUCCUCCUCUGCUGCUGCAUCAUCGGCGGGUAACAGCUUUGACUGCGGCAAGUCUCCUCACUCAAGACUGAACUUUUCUCAGAGCAAGGAGCACUCUGGACCUGUUACGAACGGUUUUAAUGGUGUGAGGACCUCUGCUGCUUUAGACACCACAUCGAGUUCCUCCACUGCAAAACAAGAGUCUCCCUCUCUGGGCAGCAGCACAAUUAUUGCCCCCUCUGCCCCAUCCUCUCUGUUACCUCCUUCUGUUACCCCACACAGCUCUGCUCUGUCCAGCCUGGCUUCUGAGCUUUCCUCUGCCAGCCUACCUCCCCUCAGCAGUCAUGUGAGCAGUGGCCAUUCCUCUGUGUCGGCAGUUUGCACCACCUCUUCACUUACAUAUACCAGUGUGGACAGCGUGAACUCUCUCGCUCCCUCGUCAAUGCCGUUCUCCUCCCCUUCUGUGUCCGCUCUGCCCAGCAGCGGUGUGAGCAGCUCAGUGAGUGGAAGCAACAGUCUGCACGUGUCUGGAGCUCUGGGUCACAGCACCAACGGUAUCAUACCUUCUGGUGUCAGGACCGCCCAGCUACUGUCUUCCUCCAGUGGUAAAGCUCCUCCUAAUCUGUCUCAGGGGGUUCCUCCACUGCUACCUAACCAGUACAUCAUGGGACCCGGAGGUCUGCUGCCUGCCUACCCGCAGAUUUACGGCUAUGAAGACCUCCACAUGCUCCAAUCCAGAGUACCAAUGGAUUAUUAUGGAAUCACAUUCCCAGGGCCAACUGCUACGCUGUCUGGCAGAGAUGGGAGUCUUGCCAGCAACCCUUACUCAGGUGACAUCACAAAGUUUGGCCGAGGUGAAUCCACCUCACCAGCGCCCACAACCAGUCUGUCUGCAGCUCACGCCCCACAGACAGCACAGCCUCCACAGGCUCAGAGCCAAGGACAGAGCCAGCCUCAGCCGCAGGGCCACCACAACACACAGCAGGCCUUCCUAAACGCAGCCCUGCCUCCCGGAUACAGCUACACGGGCCUCCCUUACUACCCCGGGAUGCCCGGCAUACCCAGUGCAUUUCAGUACGGCCCCACCAUGUUCAUGCCCCCUGCCUCCGCCAAGCAACAUGGCAUGGGGCUCAGCAACCCCACGACUCCAUUCCAGCAGCCCAGCGGCUAUGGCCAGCACGCCUUCAGCUCAGGGUACGAUGACAUGACGCAAGGCCCCGCAGGAACCGAGUACAGUAAAGGCUACAGUAACUCCUCUCAAACACAGGCCAAAUCUGCUGCCAAUGGCCCAGGGAAAGGUAUUUCUGUGACAUCUAGCAAUUCUGGGGUGCCUGACAUCAGUGGAACUGUUUACAAUAAGACUCAGUCAUUCGAUAAGCAGGGUUUCCAUGCUGGCACGCCUCCUCCAUUCAACCUCCCCUCGGCUCUGGGUGGCACAGGACCUUUGACCCCUGGUGCUGCCCCCGGUUAUGCUCCCGCUCCAUUCCUUCACAUUCUGCCGCCACACCAGCAGCCCCACUCACAGCUGCUCCACCAUCACCUCACCCAGGACGGACAGGGUGGACCGAGCCAGAGAAGCCAGUCCAGCACCAUGCAGCAGAAGACCCAGAUCAACAAGUCCAAUUAUGGCAGCUCCCCGUACUGGGGCAACUGAGCGCAAUCCACAGUGCAGGUGCUGUCCCGCACCUGACGACACGCCGAUCAGAGCAGAGGGACAACCGUACACACUACCAUCCUCAUCCUCCUCUCAUCACCCCUUUUCAAAGUUUUGGCUGUUGUAUGUAAAGUAUAUUUAUGUAUGUAUUUAUACAGUAUAUAUGUAUUGGUAGGAUAUGAAAUGUGGUUUUUCUGCAUUUUGUUUUUGAAGGAUGGUUUUUUUUAUUGCUAAAUGGUUAAGAGGGUAUGAUGACAUAAAAUAUUGAUGAGAACUUAACAGAAGGGUGAAUAUACUUGAACCAGAGCAGGCAUCAUGAAUAAAAACAUUGGAUUUUUUUUAUUUUAUAUAUAUAUAUAUAUACAUAAGCCUAAUAAUGUAUGUACAUUAUUGCUAAGCUUGAUCACUUGAUGAAGCCAUUUUUUAAACUUUUGUAUUUUUUGCCCUCUCCCACCUCCCCCUUCACCUGUGAACUUUUUAAUGAGGGGGAUUUUAAUUUCAGUGCUUAAUUUUGUUCCCUCUGCACUUCAUUUGUGACCCCAUCACCAAAUUGGCUAAAAGGUAGCAUUUUAGAACAGAUUUAAUUUUAACAUUGGUUUUACCCUUGUUGUCAAAAUAAAACUGUCCAAUUUA